AUGGCAUCAAAAUCCCCCCUCAUCACCAUAAUCGCCGGCGUCGGCCCCGGAACCGGCGCCUCCGUCGCCCGCAAAUUCAGCCAAACCUACCCCGUCGUGCUCCUCGCCCGCACCCCCGAAUCCUUCUCUUCUCUCGCCUCUGAAAUAAACGCCGCCGGCGGCCGCGCCCUCGGCAUCGCCACGGAUGUAUCCUCUUCUUCCAGCCUGUCUUCCGCCCUCUCCAAGAUAAAGAGUGAGUUUGGGGAUGAUGUCGCAGCCGCAGCAGCGAUUUUCAAUGCUUCCGGCGCGUUUAUGCGGAAGCCGUUUUUGGAGAUUCCGGUGGAGACGUUUGAGAAGGGGUUGGGGGUUAGUGGGAUGGGGGGUGUGUUGUUUUCGCAGAUGGUCUUGCCGUUGUUGUUGAAGGGGGUGGAGAGGGGGAGUGAACAUCCGCCUAGUUUGAUUUUUACGGGGGCGACGGCGAGUGUGAAGAGUAAUGCGCAGAUGGCGAGUUUCUCGACGGGGAAGUGGGCGUUGAGGGCGUUGAGUCAGAGUUUGGCGAAGGAGUUUGGACCGCAGGGUGUUCACGUCGCUCAUGCAAUUAUUGAUGGGGUUAUUGAUAUUCCGAGGACGAAGGAGUGGUUGAAGGAUAUGCCUAAGGAGGCGAAGCUGAGCGCUGAUGCUAUUGCGAACGACUAUUGGUGGCUGCACACUCAGCCUAAGACGAACUUCACGUGGGAGAUUGAUCUUAGGCCGGCGGUUGAGAAGUGGUAG